UUUUCAUUAUUUCUAUACGCGGCAUUUUCGGUGCGAAGCUCAACGCAAGCUCAACGUAACGGACGACGGUAAUUGUCCACGCAUUCUUCCGAGGGCUAGGCGUUGUUUCGGAUAUUUUCGCCUUCAGGUCAUUCAACUGAACAAUGUCUGCUCGGGGAAAAGGAGGAAAGUCCAAGGACAAGCAAAAGUCUCGUUCAUCGCGAGCGGGUCUCCAGUUCCCCGUGGGCCGCAUUCACCGGCUGUUGCGCAAGGGUAACUAUGCCGAGCGCGUCGGUGCCGGUGCCCCCGUGUACCUGGCUGCCGUUAUGGAAUACCUGGCCGCUGAGGUGCUCGAGCUGGCCGGCAACGCGGCUCGUGACAACAAGAAGGCCAGGAUCAUCCCCCGGCACCUGCAGCUGGCCAUCCGUAACGACGAGGAGCUGAACAAGCUCCUUUCGGGCGUCACGAUCGCCGAGGGUGGCGUCCUUCCCAACAUCCAGGCCGUGCUGCUGCCCAAGAAGACCGAGUCGGGCCCCAAGAGCAAGGGCCAGAGUCAGGAGUACUGAUCGGGGAACGGGGUCCGUGCCAUGGCGGGAGGGUGGGGAGGGAUUCGCUCUGUGGGGUUUUACGGGGCUACUGUUCUUUUGUUAAAUAAACGAUGACUUUGUGAGA